AUGAGUGCAAGACCAGUUGAAUUUAAAGCAGGUAUGGAGUCUGUUGAUUUGGAGAUGAUCAAUAGCAUGUUGGAUGCCUUUUCACAAGGUUCAUACUUUCAAGCAAAGUUUAGAAGAGAUGAAGAAAAGACUAGAAAGUAUUGUGAAGGUUUAUUGCGUAAACUUCGUACUAUUCCUCGAACCAAUGACUACUUUGAAGGCGUAGACAAGUACAUUGCCGAUUUGGAAAGAACAAGAGACAUGUCUAGAACCUAUUUACAUCUAGAUAUGGACGCUUAUUAUGCACACGUCGAAGAGAAUGACAAUCCCUCUCUAAAGGGAAAACCAGUUGCCGUCGGGUCAAUGGAUAUGCUGGUCACAUCGAAUUAUGUGGCAAGAAAAUAUGGUAUUCGUUCUGGUAUUCCUGGUGUUUUGGCACUCAAAAUCUGCCCAUCUUUAAUCAUCCUCCCUCAAAGAAUGGAUCGUUAUAGAGAAGUCAGUGCUAUCAUUAGAAAUCAAAUGCAAUUAUUUGAUGAAAACUUUAUUUCACCAUCACUGGAUGAAGGUUGUGUUGAUAUUACAAAUGUAUUAAAAGACAAUCCAUCUUUAAAAUCAACUGAUAUUGCAAAAUUACUUCAACAAAAGAUUUUAGAAAAUACAAAUUUAACAUGUAGUAUGGGCGUAGCACCAUCACCAUUAUUGGCAAAAAUGUGUAGUGAAACAAAUAAACCAAAUGGUUAUUUUGUUUUAGAUAAAGAUCCAAAGAAAUGUAAAGAAUUUGUUUCAACUAUUUCAGGGUUGGGUAAAACUAGACAUAGAUUAUUAGAAAUGUUGGGAUUAAAUAAUGUUGAAGAUGUAUUGGAAAACAAAUAUGAUCUAUUUUAUAUUCUACCAGAGACACAUCGUGAUCUUUUAUUCAAGCAUGCUCUAUGUAUCCCUAUACCACCACAAUCAACACAAUACUUUUUACUUCGAAAGAGAACUCAAAUCUCAAAGGAAAAGAGCUGUAAAGAAAUCUAUGAUGAAAACGAUCUCAAUGAUCUUUUAGAAAAUAUGUAUUUGGACGCAAUCAAAAUGUUAUAUAAUGAACAAAAAAUCGCUUAUGGAAUGGUAGUUAAAAUGACUGAUUUUAAGCUAAAUGUACAAAAUUAUCCAUUUUCUUUGCACUCUGCAGUACCAGCACCAGUCAUUGAUCAGGAUGGUUUUAUUGUUCGCAACAAAGAUGACCCAACACCCAACGAUCUAGUACCAGAGAAUGAAAUCACCUUUCAAGAUAAUUGUCUAUUCAUUCGUCAAAACUUUUUCACUGUUGCCAAGACUGCACUGCAGUGGGCACAGGUCAGAAGUGUUGGUUUGAGAUUGGUCAAUCUUUACGAGUUGGAAUAA